ACAUUAGCUCGAGAGCCUCAGGUAUUAAGACAAGGAUUGAUUCAUUUAUCCGAAGUGCUACGUUCUCUUGAGCCUCUACAUAAGCCGCUGGAAGCCCCUGGCGGUUCCGUUCUAUUGCGAGAGCUUGCAAACACAGCUCCAAAGACUGAAGAAUCAUUAUUAUCUGCACAGAGCACACCACUUUUACAUGCAAUGGGAGCGGCUCAUGCCUACAUCACAAUGUUUGUACAUGUGUGCAAAGUUGGCCAGAGUGAUGUAAGAACUAUGGCAGUAAACCACUGGGGCUCAGAUUUAGGUCAAAUUGUUUUGCAAGGAUUGAGUCAGUUAUACUCGUCCCUGGUGUGGGAAAGCACAGUGUUGCUAGGGCUGUGCACCCCAAAUAGCUUGGCAGAUGGUUGUCAAUUUGGAAAAGCUGACAUGGAUAAACUUUUACCUAAAGAUGGUGUGCUAGAGGACAAUUUGAAAACAAAGAAGGAGGGGAAAGACCUCAAUACACUAGAGGGAGAUUUGAGGACUAGUGAGACUGAGGGAAGUGCUAAUGUUGGUAAUUCUAGUACAAUGAUGGAUAUAUGUGAUUCCCUGUCCCCGAUGGAGGUGGACGAUGGGAGAAUUGAUGCAUCAGAAGCUAAAACCAAAUCUAAAAUGAGCCCACAGUUAGCACACCAGGUGAAACAGAUCAAACCAUUACUAUCUGCAGCUUCUAGAUUGGGUCGUGCCUUAGCUGAAUUAUUUGGACUUUUAGUGAAGUUGAGCGUUGGCUCCCCUGUAAGGCAGAGACGGGGCCACCACUUGCAGCCUAACUUAGCAGACCCAUCUGAAGCAGCUCGGACAACUGCUACAGCAUUAACUAAACUGUUAUCUAGUGGACUAUCAUGGGAACCUCCUGAAUAUUCCCCAGUUCCAAAAUUCAG